AUGGUCUCGCUGUCAUGCGACGACUCUUUUGGUCCAUAUGCUGGUGGUUGUAGAGGCGGCUUCGACUUUACACUGCUCUUUGAAGAAUCAAUUCUCACUAUACCUAUCACUGCUCUGGUGCUUCUCGCUGCCCCAUGUCGAGUCCUGUACCUUCUGCACAAGAAUAGGGUCAAGUUGAUGUGCUCACGUCGUGUCUCGGGUACUGACAGCCUCACGACAUUGUGUCUCGGUCUCUUAGCAGCGCAGAUCAGCUUUCUCAUCUCGUGGACUCGCUCUUCCGCAAUUACGACCAGAGCCUCUCUUGCCACUGCUGCCUUGUCUUUUGUGGCAUCAAUUGGCAUCUUAUGUCUAUCCUACGUUGAGCACGUCUAUUCGUAUCGACCGUCAACGGUGCUUAUCCUCUUCCUACUCUUCACUGCUCUUUUCGAUGCUGCUCGAACACGAACACUAUGGCUCCAAGGCUACAAUCGGCCGGCGGCAAUCACUGCCCUCAUCGCGACCGUGAUAAAGAUUAUCAUGCUCGCUGUCGAGGCAAUCGAGAAGCGUCGUUUCUUGCGGCCCCAGUACCGUGCUUUGCCCCCUGAAGUCACUGGUAGUGUCUUGUCGCACUGGUUCUUCUCUUGGCAAAUACCGCUGUUUCGCGCUGGCUAUUCUAAGCACCUGGAGAUUGAGGCGUUGUUUCCUCUCGAAAAACACUUCAAGUCUUCAUAUCUCCAGGAGCUUUUGGAAACAGCGUGGGCCAAAGCAUCUAGAAAAGGCAGCCAUGCUCUGAUGCUGACGGUCCUGAGGACCUUGAAGUGGCCUACACUGUCCAUCAUCUUUCCACGUCUCUGCUUCAUCGGCUUUACCUUUUGCCAGCCAUUCCUCAUCUCAGCAACCCUCGAAUGGGCAGAGAGAGACAGUGACUCUGACGAUAUGAACCAAGGAUAUGGCCUCAUAGGCGCAUGGUUUCUUGUAUUCAUGGGUCUAGCAGUCACGAGUGGCCAGUACCAACACCUCACGUAUCGCGCCAUCACCAUGGCACGCGGUCAACUCGUCUCGAUCUUGUUUGACAAGGCCACGGAUAUCAGUAUUGCCGCUGCUGACCCCAGCGCAGCACUGACUCUGAUGAGUGCCGACAUUGAGAGGAUCGAUACGGGUUGGCGCACUGCCCAUGACGUUUGGGCCAAUUUGGUUGAGAUUGUUAUUGCGGUCUACCUGUUGGGACGCCAGCUCGGCAUUGCGUGUCUGAUUCCCGUCGGAGCAGCAAUCUUCUCCAUCAUCGGGUCUGUUAUCGCGGUCAGUUUUGUCAUGGCUCGUCAAGCCGCAUGGCUAGAGGCCAUCGAGAAGAGAAUAUCUGUUACGUCGCAGAUGCUAGGCAGCAUCAAGGGCGUCAAGAUGUGUGGACUGACCGACGUGCUCAGCACUCGUAUCCACGCUCUGCGAAAUGACGAGUUGCGCAUUUCCGGCAAAUUUCGUAGGUUGUUGAUCUGGAAUAUGGUCCUAGCAUACCUCGCUCCUAUUUUUGCCCCAAUCCUCACAUUCGCAACGUACAGUCUUGUCGCCCAGUCACGGGGAGGAGACAACAACCUGGACAUAAACCGCAUAUUUACAUCUCUAUCACUGUUUGCACUGCUGAACGAGCCUAUUUCCUCGUUUGUUACUUCAUUGUCCUCUCUGAUGGGGUCCGUCGGGAGCUUUGCGCGCAUACAGGCUUUCCUCAACACAGACGUUCGCGUCGACAGCAGAAUCAUCUCAUAUGAUGACAAGAGCGAAGGGUCAUCUAGCCCAGUUUCUCUACGCAGCGAGAAGGAGAAGGACUCGGGAUUGUCCGAGAAAGAGCCUAACACUAUCCAAAGAGGCCCGUUACUUGUCGAUUCUCUGGACGGCAACUGUAUCGUUGUCAAGACAUGCGCCUUUGGAUAUGACUCUACGCAGAAACCCAUCCUCAGUGAUGUCACCGCUCAUGUUCCGCUGGGCAAUCUUACCCUCGUCGUGGGGCUAGUGGGCAGUGGCAAGUCAACUCUCCUCAGAGCAUUUCUCGGAGAAGUGGCAGUCAUAGCCGGAUCUAUUCAAGUGAUGAAUUCGGAAAUCGCCUACUGCGAUCAAACUCCCUGGCACAUGAACGGCACUGUACGAGAUAGCAUCAUCGGCUUCUCCCACGUCGACGAACGUUGGUACCAAACGGUCCUACACGCUUGUUCUCUGACGGAAGAUCUCGCUCAACUUCCCAAGGGCGAUCUCAGUAGGAUCGGGAGCAAGGGGAUCGUCCUCAGCGGAGGUCAGAGCCAACGAGUCAGCCUAGCGAGAGCUGUCUACGCACAAAAGAAGAUUGUCAUCCUUGAUGAUGUCUUCAGCGGGUUGGAUAUGCACACUGAGAACGCUGUCUUCCAUAGCCUACUCGGCACUAAUGGCCUCCUGCGACAGUCGAAUACAACCGUCAUCUUGGCGACUUCUCGUGCAAAUCGACUUUCCUACGCAGACCACAUCAUCAGCCUCGAUGGUACUGGUAUAGGCUGUGUAGAGGGAAGUUUUGACAAGUUGACCAAAGCGGACAACUACGUUUCCCGCUUGGCUGUAGCGUCUGCGAACUGGACAUAUUGCCAAGCGACUUCUGUCUCUUCUUCUGCAGAACCAUCAGCUGACACGUUGCUGGAUGCAGAGGUACUCCUCUCGGAGGAAGCCAAGGAUGACGCUGGUCGUCGCACUGGCGACAUGGCGAUAUACCUAUACUACAUCCGCGCUAUCGGCUGGGUUCCCAGUUUGAUCUUCGUCUUUGCCAUCUGCGCCUUUAUAGUCUGCCAAUCCUUCCCUACUAUCUGGCUCAACUGGUGGGCAGUCGCCAAUGCUAAAGACCCUUUUGCACGCCUGGGUUAUUAUCUAGGCAUCUACGCGAUGCUAGGUGGGCUCGCGAUUAUCUUCCUAGUCCUCAGCACCUGGCAGAUGAUUGUCACCAUGGUACCGCUGUCAGGCAAUAGCUUCCACCAGAGUCUUCUCAAGACGGUACUCAACGCACCCAUGUCCUUCUUUGCUACUACGGAUGCUGGCGUCACUAUCAAUCGCUUCAGCCAGGAUCUUCAGCUGGUCGACAUGGACCUGCCGCUGUCAGCGCUGAACACCUUUGCCACGUUUGUGUUGUGCAUCGCUGAGAUGGUUCUGAUCUCUGUAGGUUCGUACUACACAGCCAUCGCGUUUCCCUUUCUGUUCGUCGCGUUGUGGGUGGUUCAGCAUACAUAUCUUCGAACAUCUCGGCAGCUUAGAUUCAUGGAUCUUGAGGCAAAGAGCCCGCUGUAUGCGCUUUUCACGGAAUCUGUCGCUGGACUGGCGACACUGCGUGCAUUUGGCUGGCGUGACGCACUGGAAAAGAAACAUCAUGAUCUUCUAGAUCGGUCUCAGCGGCCGUUCUAUCUUCUCUACGCGGCUCAGAGAUGGCUGACUCUUGUCCUCGACUUGUUUGUUACAGUCAUUGCUGUACUAGUCGUCGUCCUUGUCACACAGUUGAGAGGUGUACUCCCAACUGGGUUGAUCGGCGUGGCCCUUGUCAACAUCAUCCAGUUCAGUCAGCACCUAAAGCUACUGAUGACAUUCUGGACAACCUUGGAGACACACAUUGGUGCCAUCUCUAGGAUCAAAUCAUUCACGUCUGAUACUGCUUCAGAGCACGAGCCACAGGAAACAGACCAGCCACCGUCUAUAUGGCCGUCCAAGGGCCAGAUUGUUUUCGACAAUGUUUCUGCCGGGUAUAGCGGCAAGAGUUCCAUGGUGUCUUGUCUUUUCCGUAUGGUGGACCUCCACCAUGGUAAAAUCCUCGUAGACGGGCUCGACAUUAGCACGCUUCCCCGCCAAGAAGUUCGCACUCGACUAGUUGGCGUGCCUCAAGAUGCAUUCCUCAUCGAAGGAAGUAGCGUGAGGCUGAACGCGGACCCUGCUCAAGCGCUCUCAGAUGCGGCCAUUGAAGACGCCAUGAGGGCCGUUGAGCUCUGGGACAUUGUAGCUGAGAAAGGAGGCCUUGAUGCGCCCAUUGAAGCGCUUCACCUUUCCCAUGGCCAGAAGCAGCUCUUCUGUAUCGCACGCGCUCUCCUACGCCCUUCGCCCAUUGUAGUUCUGGAUGAAGCUACCAGCAGCGUUGACUCGCAUGUUGAUGAGCUUGUGCAGCGCGUUAUACGUGAGAGGUUUGAGAAUCGCACAGUGAUUGCGAUCGUGCACAAGCUCCAGUCAGCCCUCGAGGACUUUGACAUGAUAGCCGUGCUUGAUAAAGGUGAACUACUAGAGUUUGGACCUCCGCGACAGCUUCUGGACAAGGGGCCUGCAAAUUCUGCAUUUGCUGCUCUGUAUGCGAGCCUAAGCACGGGAGACGAGGAAACACCACAGGCAUGA